AGUGUCAAAGUCUACAUCAUGGAAGUAUGGUGUUUUUACAAUGUAUUUCCUUAAAUAAACGGCCGGUUUCGGCUGUAAUCUUUAAAGUAUAAUUUAAGAAAUAUCUACAACAAAACGUAUUUUACUAGAUUUUAUUUUUUAUUAGUUAAAUUUAUUAGAUAAAUUAUAAUUAUCCUAUAAAAAAAGACACGUAGCCAACAGCUUUUAAGUGUAUAUUAGUUAUGGUGUAUUUUUGUUGAACUACUAAAUAAACUUACACAUCAGAAAAAUGUUACCGUUAUCACACAAGGAUAAAGCAUACCCAAGAGGCUUUGGUUCGAGAAUAAAAGAAAAAGUAAACGGUUGGAUUAGGUUAAUAUUUUCAGACAGAAACUCCAGAAAUUUAUUCCUCUUCCUUAUACUUAAUCUGUCUUUUGCAUUUGUAGAAUUAAUUUAUGGCGUAUGGAGUAAUAGUUUAGGUUUAAUUUCCGAUGCCUUCCACAUGUUUUUCGACUGCACUGGUCUUCUUGCAGGAUUAGUGGCAUCUGUUAUCACGAAAUGGAAAGCAAACGACAGGUACUCUUACGGAUAUGUGAGAGCCGAAAUUAUAGCCGGGUUCGUGAACGGGCUGUUCUUGCUCUUUAUUUCCUUCUUCUUAAUGUCGGAGGCGGUCGAACGAGCGAUCGAACCACCUGAGGUCAAACACGAAAGACUGUUUGUCGUAUCAGUCCUAGGUUUGUUGGUCAAUUUAGUAGGUAUCUACGCCUUCCAGCACGGCCAUGGUCAUUCCCAUGGAGGUUCCCACGGCCAUUCUCACGGAAGAUCCAAUCAUGGGCAUUCCCACUCCGUCAAUAACCAUCACCAUUCCCACGACAUAGAAUUUGACAGCGGGAAUUCACAAAUAAUGAAAGGAGUCUUCCUACAUAUUUUAGCCGACACUUUAGGCAGUGUCGGGGUAAUAAUAUCAGCUGUGCUCAUGAACAUGUUCGGUUGGAUGAUCGCAGACCCCAUCUGCUCAAUGUUCAUUUCUAUCCUUAUAGCACUUAGUGUCUUGGCUUUGAUAAAAGAUUCUGUAAUGAUUCUUAUGCAAAGACAACCGGCGGCUCUGGACAACGUCCUACCGCAAUGUUAUCAAAAAGUGGUCAGUCUGGCGGGAGUCUAUUCCGUUCAGGAACCCCAUUUCUGGACCCUCUGCAGCGAAGUCUACGUGGGUACAAUCAAACUAGAAGUAUCCAAGACGGUGGACCCUAAAUAUGUAGUGUCGCACACUCAGAUGAUUUUCGCAUCUGUGGGAGUGAGGCAGUUGUACGUUCAAUUGGACUAUACUCCAAUGUGAUAAACGAGUAACACAAAGUGAUAAACAGCCAAUCCGAGUUAAGGAGAAAAGCUACUAGGGAAAUUAAAAACACAUUUUCAAUUUUGUUAUCGUAGAGAUUAAAUUUUAUAAAUUUUUUGUAC